AUGGGUGUCCCAACUACACCCACCGAAGCCGUACCAUCAUACGACGAUGUAAUCAACAACCACCCCGUAAAUCGCUACACGCCAUCGGGCUCACUAUCCGGCUACACCACUAUCCCCCAAUGCGACGAUGCCGACCAACCCCCCCUCACCAGGGAAACCUCGGACCUAGAACGCAACGCCUAUACCCACACCCACUCAUCCCUGCCUCCUUCGCAGCAGCAGCAGCAACAACAACAACAACGACAGCCGGAAACUUUUGCCCAAACAAUAACCAAACUGCUUCUCCCCCAGUCAGACUCGCAGCACAAGCACUGCACUGCGUGCGAUGAGCAGGUUCAAACGGCUGCGAGGCAGAAGAGGGAGAGUGAGAGGUACUGCUGCACCAUGGUUGCUGUGACGUUUAUUACGCUGUUCAUGUGCGGGAUGGUGCUUGGAGUUGUGAUUGUGAAUGCGAACGCGAGGGGGCAUAAGGAGUCACAUGGCGGGAUCUAA